AUGCACUCAGCUGUGCCACAGGUCACCGUGUACCCUGCCAAGCCCCAGCCCCUGCAGCACCACAACCUCCAGGUGUGCGCAGUGAGUGGCUUCUACCCACGCAGCAUCCAGGUGCGAUGGUUCCGCAAUGAGGAGGAAGAGGAGGCUGGUGUGGUGUCCACAGGCCUGAUCUGGAAUGGAGACUGGACGUUCCAGACCCUGGUGAUGCUGGAGACGGUUCCUGAGAGUGGAGAGGUUUAUAGCUGUCAUGUGGAGCACCCGAGCGUGAGCAGCCCUGUCAUUGUGGAAUGGAGGGCAGACACUGAUUCUAUGAAGACCAAGAUGAUAGGUAGAAUUGGGGGCUUGGUGCUGGGGCUGUUCUCCCUGGGGCUGAACUGUCCAUCAAGGCAGGAUUCAACAGAGAUAAGAACUUGGUAG